AUGGAGGGAAAACAUAAGACUCCACCCACAGCCCUCAGGCGCCAGACCUCGAGCAUCAAAUCUCGUCGCAGACCGGCAAUGCGGUCUUUUUCAAACUCUUCUUACCCGCAGAUACCUUCUCGUCGCUCCUCACUUUCCAUGACUACAGGGUACGAUUCGAGCGACCUUGCGACGUCAACCAGAACACCAUCUCUCAGCGAUAGUCUUUACAAGAUCGACGUAGUGAAAAUUCGCCAGGAGCACACUAAACCUGAUAUUCGCAAGAGCGGUCUCGAUGCGAGUGAAGACCCCUUCGUUGAACAUAAGUAUCCAAACCGUGCCAUACCCAGAGUAGGAUUAAUGACCAGGAGCGGGUACCAACUGGUGCCACAACUGCUUGUCCGCUGGAGCUCUGGUUCUUAUCGCUCUAUAGAGCCGUGUCUUUCGUCAGAUAUGGUGUCGUCAUCUGAUGGAACGGGACAACUUAACUCGCAUCAAGACUCCAGGCCAGACUCUGAUCCAUUGUGCCCGUUGGAACUUCCAGUGGCUUUCGCUAGUAUGCGCUCUUGUGCGGGAAGGCCCUAUAUGAACGCAGACUCAUCUAUGUCUGUAUGGACUUCGGUGAACAUAACUGCCGAUGUGAGCCCUAUCUCGCUUCGCGAAAGCACAAAGCUUGCGCCUCUAGACAUGAUCAUACUUUUUGACAGCUUGCAACAACCUUCCGUCAGCCUUCUGACGCCAAUGGUUGUGGCAUCUUCUGUGCUGACUUCGAAUCUGGUCUUGAACCAUGACAGGCUGGCUAUCGCGUGUGUGGAUGGAGGUGCCAACAGCGGGUUUGAGCUGUUACUCCCUUUGGGGUUUCACUCAUUUGGAACAAUAAGAAUUUCUCUGAAUACUUUCUCUCUUCGCCAGCUGAAAAAGAAAAGGAGAAUCGGAUCAAACUUGGGCCACUCCCUCCGGCAGAUCUCUCAACUGUUUUCUCCUUCUUCCAGAGCCGCCUUUGGCCACUUGGUGCUCGUUUCCGCAAACUCUCCGAAAGAUACUCUUUUCAUUUCCGGUGUUGAUCCAGCGAUUGGUUUUCACACGAUAUCCCCACAAUUGACUUUUCCUUUGAACACAACGAACCAUCCUCUUGGGUGGCAUAUCUUUUAUGACGCCGAUGCAGACGAUCCACGAUCCCUCGAAUCCCACUUCAUGCGCAAGGUAUCCAAAGUUGUUCGGCAGCUUCGCACCGGCAUCAAUCCCGGCUGUAUAUCAAAUCUUGAACUGGGCGUCAACCACGGCCCUGGAUGCAAGUUCGAGUCCGCAGUGGAAUGCUGCAAAUUGAACCGACUGCGACCAGGCGAAACAUGGGUCCUCAAAACGAAAAUCGGCACGCCCGUCAAAUUCUACCAAGAGACCCAUCUGACUCAACACCCCAUCAUCCAAGAUUUGAUCGGCCAGAUCAAUGAGGUCAUUCGAAUGUAUUCAUCUGAGCCGGUUGCCCAGCAUGUUCUCACUGCUCAUCUUAAAUAUUAUCAUUCUUUGCUUCCACCACUACAUGCUAUUUGCUUGGAAACCCACUGUACCAUCUCUCGUACCCCGUUUUCAUCAUUCCCUUCUCUUUCGGAGCAAAAGGACUCUGCGCUCAUGCUUUAUGAACAGGAUGAUGAUGCUAUCAGUAUCAGCAUGGAAUCUGCCAGCGAAAGCAAUUGA